AUGUCGAGCACAUAUCCUGCCAAUCUCAUAGAGCAGGCUAGUACUACCACGAAGAUCCCACGGAACGCGAAGUGGAGUUCUGGGGAUGAUGCAACACUCAUCGACUCUCUCAAGGCUUUUGCUGAUGGAAACACGGCUGAUAAUGGAACCUUCAAGACUGCAGCAUUUACAGCUGCUGCAAAGGCCCUCAAAGACAGUCACAAAGUCAGUGGAGGUGCUUCGAAAACUGCAAAGAGCUGCUCACAUCGUUGGAGCACGUUGAAGGCCAACUGUCUUAUUGUCCAAAAACUGCGAGAGCUGUCUGGAUUUGGAUGGGACGAGACGAGGAAGAUUGUCAUUGCCAGUGACAAAGUGUGGGAUGAUUAUCUUCAGGUCCAUUCCGAAGCCAAGGUUUGGCGUUCAACACCAUUCCCCCUCUAUGAUGACAUCAUUGUGCUCGUGGAUGGAUGUCAUGCAACUAGUGAAGGAGCUCUACAUAUUAAUAGUAUCAAUGGGUACGAGACUGGGUACGAGACGAGCCCUCCAUGGCCAAGCACACUUCUCCUUGAUGAUGAAGAUGAUAUCUUUGUUGGUGAGGAUCCACUCAGAGGGAAUCAUGAGUCUGAAUCAGCUGAUGAGAACGAGAAAGUGUCUACACCUAUUUUUCAUACUCCACGUGUUCCAAAACGCGGCCAUGCUCCUUCAGUAUCACCAACUUCAACUGGAGUCCAUAAAAAAUGUUCUAAUGUGAAGCUGACUGGUCCAGCAGCAAUUCUCGGAGUAGCUGAUGCUCUUGAAUCUGUUGCUAUGUCAUUCACUGCUCAUACUAGCUUUCUUGAUGAUGUUCCUAGUACUCCGAAAUGUCGUAUUAAUGCUAUCCAGGCUGUUUGUGUUGAUACUUCCUUAUCUUCUGACGAAUGUGCCAGUGUUGUUGCUCUUUUUGCCAAGGAUGUAGCUAUUGCAGAUGCCUAUACUGCCAUUUCAGAUAUCUCUCUCCGUUCUAUGUACAUUCGUCUUGAACUCGGAAAAACAUAG